AUGGCCAACACAAUGGCGCCUUUUCCCCGGAUCUUCUUCCGCUACGUCGAACCAGUGAUGAUCACUCUCGGCAGUUUCAACCUCAUGUUCAGUGGUGCCGCUGAAGCCUCAACCUACCUCUCACAAUCACCUCAUCCAACAUUGGCAACCGAGCACUUCCUAGCUCUACAAGGAGGAAACAUGAUGCUUUUGGCCGCCAUGCUCCUCAUCAUCGUUGUGUGGACAAGCAACGAAAUCAAAACCAUCAGAUUUACAAUCAUGGCUCUCGCGAUAUCCGAUAUCCCCCAUUGGAUUUNNUUUGGGGCUUGGUGUUUGGGACCGCUUGCUUUUGAGCCUAGCAGCUGGAGCACUGAGAUGAAAGGGUACAUGGGAGUUCCUGCUGUGACUUUCUUGGUCAAGGUCGCGUAUUUGCUGGGAUGGUUGGGGCGCGACCAAGUUACCGAGAAGAAGGUCAGGAAGGAGCUGUAG